UUUUGAUUCCGUCUACGGCGCAUAGACUGCCGAAAUAGCCAGUGAGGUACUGCAGUCCUUUUCGCCCCAAGGGGCAUCCUAUACAAAUCGUAGGCUAUUUCAUGAUUGCAUGCCUCGACUUGAAUACUCACGCAAAAGCCCUGAGAUGCUCCACGUCAGCGGCUUAGGCAAUGUCAGCAAAAGAGAGUUCGAAAGUCCGGCCCACUUCGACGAGGAGGUAGCCACCUUUUUUGGCGGUCCUUCGUGUGUCAGAUCCGUCCGUGGGCUGUGGGAGUUCAAGGCUUCACCCCGCCUCAAGGGCAUCUAUUUUGAUUUUGAUUCACCUCAGACCGCCAGAGAGGUCUGUGCCAGGGGAAACGGCCUAGAGUUUGAAGGACAACGCCUUCGGCUGGAGUUCAAAGGGACUGGUCCAACAGCAGCUCCUAACCCAGGCUUACUUGGCGGCUCAGUAGCUGCGCCAGGUCUUGGAGGUAGACAGUCAUUCCGGAAAAUACGAUUUGAUGCUCCACAAAAGGUGGUAAACCUGCGCUUCAUUUCGCCUCCCGAUGGGGGUGAAUUCGAUGUUAGGGAUCUCUCGCCAUUCAACACAGCUGCAGAACCUGAUGGACGUUACCACGUUUCAAAACUUGUGAGUUCGGCUCGAAGGUCUCGAGGAGAACACUCUGCUUGCUAACAUGCCAAGUGUUGCUUGGGUGACUGCCGCAGCUGUGUGAGAGAAUCGCAUCAAAGUGGGGCCCAGUUGAGCGGGUCGAAGUCAACCGGAGCGAUUGGACCCAUCGCGAUUGUUUUGAUGUCCACAUGCAGUCCCGAGAAGAUGGACCACGGCUGCUGCAAGUGCGUGCAUCCGACCGCUGUCGGCCAUCUGCGAGCAACCAUGGAGGACAACUUUACUGAUUAUGUUGCACUUCACCGCCA